AUGGAAACCCUAGGAAGACAAAAGAAGGCAUCAAGAAACACCAGAGAUGAAGCAAAACACAGUUUCCCAAACAUCCCUGAAGAAAUCAUUCUCCAAAUAUUACCAAGGUUACCCCUCCAUUCUCUUUCUCGAUUUCAAUGUGUUUCCAAGAAAUGGCGUUCUUUGAUUUCCGACAUCUCUGCCAGAAAAAGAGGAAGAGAGAUGUUUCUUGUUUUUUCUGACGAUUUACUCCACUCCAUUGACCUAGAAAAAUCCCAUGGGAAAAAACUUGAUGAAUUCCAACAACGUACUCAGUAUAAUAAACCUCAAGCGAUCUACGGUUCCUGCCACGGGUUAUUGCUUGUGGGUAUCGACGGUGACUUUUUCUUGUGGAAUCCACUGACUAGUUACUUCAAGAAAGUAUUGCAUUAUGACAGGUUGAUCUUCAAUGAUUUCUGCAUUGUUUCCGGACUCUGCUAUGAUUCUUCUACUGAUGAGUACAAGGUUGUUAUGGUCCUUGUUACACCCAGUUACCCUCCAGUAUUCGGAUCUGUAUCCGUGGUGGUUGGUAGUUUCAGGAGCAAAAAGUGGACAAACGUUGGCUGUUCCUCCUACUUUAUUAGUUCUUUCAACCCAGGGCCCACAGUAAAUGAACUUCUGCAUUGGUACGUUGCUAAGGAGAAGAAAUCGGAGUAUUCUCAAAUCGUUUACUUCAAUCCCCAGAUGGGUAGUUUCAGAGAAGUACCCAUGCCACAACCUAAGCAAAGUGACGGAGAUGUCAUUUAUGGUUUGGGAGUUCUGGAUGGAUGCCUUUGUAUGUCUCGAUCGGAAAAUCUGGGCGACAGUGAAAGCAACAACAUUGAGGUGUUGGCUAUGAAGGAGUAUGGCGUGGCAAAAUCAUGGACUAGUAUGUUCAUCAUAUCAAAUUUUUGGCCAUCUGGUUAUACCAAGAACGGUGAAGCUUUUGCUUUAAGAAUACCACCGUGUGACGAAAGGAAGGGUAUUUGGCACAUAAGUUUGUACAAUCCUGUUGACAAUUCCACUAGGGAUAUUCCAAUUCCAACACCAAUGCCAACUCAUUCUUACAAUGUCGGUGCCAUUAUAUACGAGGAAAGUUUGGUUAAACCUACCGAUUACCUUUGGGAAGACGAAGAGCUAAGAGACGAAGCAACAUAUGAGGAGUAUUUCCUGAACGGCUGCAUUCAUAAAAUGAAAAUUAAAAGUUACAUCACUUGGCGUACUGUGGAGGAAGGACGUGAAUAG